AUGUCUCCUUCUGAGCAAAAAGCUCAAAUUCUCGAAAGAGCCGUACUACGCUUAGCUACGCAAUUCGAGAUCCAAAAUCAUAUCAACAACGAUCUCUGUACUGCUCUAGGCAAUGAGAAAAAACGUAGACGACGCGGCGUACGAUUAAAUCUUCUAGGUCAAGAAUCUAGUUCUGAGCCACAGUUCUUCAGUCCUACUAAGGUACUUGCCGCCAAAGAGUAUCAGGACAGUAAAGAGGCUCGAGAACAAGAAGAGCUACGCCAGAAAGCUCUCGAGAAGGAAGAGAAUGCUCGCCGUCGUGCAGAGCUAGCUCAACAGCGGCAGGACAACGCCUUACAACGCGUAAUGCUUAAGCAGGCGGCUCGAGAAGAAAAGGAGGCCCAAAAGGCUAAAAAAGCAGCAGAAAUGAAGGAGAAACGAAUUGAUCAAGUACUCAAAAAACAGGCCAAAGAGCUGGCAGCUAACGAACGUAAAAAGGAGGCAGCGAAACGCAAGCUUGACGCCGCUGCCGCAGCUGCAACCCGUACGGCCCUUGUAGCUCGAAAACAGGCCUCUCAGAAUGCCUCUGUACGGCGCAGAAGCGUAGUGAUCCGACCUAAAAAGGUUGUAUUUCGACACAACAGGUCUACGCCAGUGGGCCAGUCAGCCGAAAACCAGGAGGAUCGUACGGACCAAGCUGUUAACGUCGCUGGCGCAGAGGUGGCGCAAAAACAGACCCGCAGUGGUCGAUCAGUCAACCCAAACAAACCGUCGACGAACAAUAUUCCCAUAAUUGUUAUCGGCGUCAUUGUGGCUGCAAUACCAUCCUACUAUUUCAUAAACAGCAACAAGACACCAGCGUUCCGCCAGUCCAAGAUCCGGGAGGCUCUAAACAAAGGCGAUCCUUCGAACGAGUAUCGCGAGCCCAGAGACAAUGAUGUGAAGACAUUGGAAGAUAAGAAGAGAAAGCAAGGCAAUUGA